AUGAACUUGUCGAAGGAAGUCCGUUUAGCUUGUAAGAUGACUUGUCUUAGGACAGCUGAUUGUCGUCUCCAGGCUUGUACGUCUUACGUGUCGAAGGAAGUGCGUUUAGCUUGUAAGAUGCCUUGCCUAAGGACUGCUGUCUCCAGGCUUGUACGUCUUCCGUUCUUCCAGUCUGAUCAGAGUUCUUCCAGUCUGAUCAGCAGUUUUGCGAAGGGCGUCUUGUCGUCUCCAGGCUUUUACGUCUUCCGUUCUUCCAGGUCUGAUGCCUUUGUUGCGAAGGGCGUCCCACUUUCUUUUCAGUUCCUCAAGGUGCGGCGUCCCGCUUUCUUUUCAGUUCCUCAAGGUGUUUUGACUCCGUUCUUCCAGUCAGAUCAGCAGUGUUGCGAAGGGCGUUUGUUCUUCCAGUCUGAUCAGCAGUGUUGCGAAGGGCGUCGCGCUUCCAGUCUGAUCAGCAGUGUUGCAAAGAGCGUCCCUCCCAGUCUGAUCAGCAGUGUUGCGAAGGGCGUCCCUCUUACACUGAUCAGCAGUGUUGCGAAGGGCGUCCCGCUUUCUUUUAGCUUCCUCAAGGUGUUUGGACCAAAACACUCGAUAGUGUUUAUGUGUUUAGACCAAAACACUCGAUAG